AUGGACGAACCUCGUCAAUGCUCUGUUCAUCAAGCCCUCGGUGGCGGCGCAGUUGCUGAUCUGUUUCUAUGGAGAAAAUGGCACCGGAGUCUCGUUUUGCUGGUCUCUUCGACUUCUUUGUGGUUCGUAUUCGUGAGAUCUGGACACAGUUUCAUGUCCUUCGUGUCCAAUUCGUUGUUCUUCUCUGUGGUGAUCUUGUUCUUCUGGGCUAAAUCUGCUUCCCUCCUUAGUAGACCACCUCCUCCCGUUCCCAAUCUCGAGCUUUCUGAAGAAAUUGUCGUGAAGGCAGCUGAUGAGGUUCGAGUCUGGGUGAAUCAAGUAUUGUCUAUUGCACACGACAUUGCAAUUGGUGGAAACUUGAGGCUUUUCAUUCAGCUUGCAAUAGGUUUAUCGGUUAUUUCCUGCAUUGGAGGUUUAAUUGACUUUCUCACGCUGGUAUACGCUGGUGUCCUUCUUUGUUUGUCACUGCCCUUAUUGUAUGACAAGCACCAAAUCCUGAUUGAUGAGAAGCUGAAUGCAGCAUAUAAAAUAGCUCAGAUACAAUUCAAGAAAAUUGAAGACAGGUUACUGAGCAACAUACCGUUGCAUUCAAACAAGGAGAAGAAGAUCCAAUAG